AUGGAAUUUGCCCCUCCUUCGGAGUGGGGUGUGAUCAGCAAUAUUUUCCUCGUCCGGAAAAAUGGGGGUCAGAUGAGACCGGUCAUCAACUUUCGCGCUCUGAAUACGGUGGUACGCUACCGUCAUUUCAGGAUGGAGGGGACCCACCUCCUUCGGGACCUGUUAGUUCCUGGGGACUGGAUGGUAAAGCUGGAUCUAAAAGAUGCUUAUCUGAUGGUCCCAGUGGUCACUUGUUCCAGGGAUCUGCUCCGGUUCUGGUGGAGAGGAGAGAUCUGGUGGUUCACUUGUCUCCCAUUCGGGCUGUCUUCAGCUCCUUGGUGGUUCACCAAGCUGCUACGACCAGUCGUGUCAUGGUUGAGGACUCGGGGCAUACGCCUCAUCAUUUACCUGGACGACAUCCUCCUGAUGCACGAGUCCAGGGUGGGUUUGUUGGAACAUCUCCAGUGGACAGCGGACCUGCUGUCAGAUCUCGAUUUCCUCCUCAACAAGGAGAAGUCAUGCCUCAUCCCAUCUCAGCGGAUGGAGUUCUUGGGCUUCACGGUGGAUUCGCUUUCGGAGUCCCUCAGUCUUCCGAUGAAGAAUUUGCGUAUGAUUCGCAAGGGGUUGAAACAUGCCCUCACCAUUCCCCACCUCUCGUUACGUCUCCUGGCUCGCAUCUUCGGGCUGUUAGCUUCAUCGAUCCAGGCAGUGUUUCCGGCUCCGUUGCACUACCGUGCUCUCCAGCGAUUGAAGAUCGCCCAUCUUCGGACCGGUGCCUUCUUUGCGGACGCGGUGGUUUUUGGACUCGGAAGGCCGAGAGGAGUUGGGCUGGUGGAUUGCCAAUCUGGAGGCUUGGAACGGCAGAGCGAUCUUCGGAUUUCUGCCGGAACUGACCAUCAAGUCAGAUGCGAGUCUCCAGGGCUGGGGCGCCCAUUGCAAUGGAGCUUCCACGGGGGGAGCCUGGUCGGAGGAGGAAUCCCUCCUCCACAUCAAUGCUUUGGAACUCCUAGCCGGCUUGUUUGCAGUGAGGAGCUUCUCCAACGGGAUCGCCAACGCGUACAUCAGGCUGCGGAUGGACAAUGUCUCGGCGGUCCGGUUACGAGGGUGUUCCUGCAGGUCAACGUCCUUCGGUCUCUCGUCUGUUGCGUGGGUCUCGGGCGCUCGCGGAUAGAGGAAGGGGCUUCUCUGAGCAUCGACUCCCUCCGUUCCGAUGACCAGGGUUGGUAUGAGUGCAGGGUGCUGUUUUUGGACCGUCAUCACGCAGACGAGGAAUUCAAGAAUGGGACUUGGAUCCAUCUCACUGUGAACUCCCCGCCUUCUUUCAUAGAGACUCCACCCAUUUACAUUGAGGUUCGUGUUGGGGACACCUUGACUCUGACUUGUGUGGCCAACGGGAACCCCAGGCCGGUUGUCUCCUGGAAGCAGGACAAUGUCGACAUAGCGAGCGUGGACAAGAUCCAGGUUAAUAAUGGGUCACUAAGAAUAGUCGGGGUGCAGCGCGCCCAUGCAGGUGCCUACACGUGUCACGCCGCUAGUGAAGAGGGGGAGGUGACCCACACCAGCCGUGUCCUGGUCCAAGGUCCGCCCGUCAUUGUCGUCCCCCCAGAAAACAUCACCGUGAACGUUUCACAAGACGCCUUCCUGACCUGUCAGGCCGAGGCGUACCCCGCCAACCUGACCUACAGCUGGUUCCACGGAAACAGCAACGUCUAUCUCCUCAGCCGCCUCCAGUCUCGGGUUCGUAUUAUGGUGGAUGGGAGUUUUCUGCUCCAACAAGUCACCCCUGAGGAUUCUGGGAAAUACACUUGCAUCCCCAGCAACGGGAUGUGGAAGUCUCCGUCUGCCUCUGCCUACCUCACUGUACUGCAUCCCGCCUACGUGACUGACAUGCCGCCAGAAACCUUCCUGCCCAUCGGAAUGAGGGGUGUGAUCCGGUGCCCCGCCAGAGCCAACCCCCCCUUGUUAUCUGUCAACUGGACCAAGGAUGGGACUCCUCUGGAUCUUGAUAAGUUCCCUGGAUGGUACCUACAAGAGGACGGGUCUAUCGUGGUGGCCAUGGGUAAUGACGACGCUCCUGGUACUUACACCUGUACCCCAUACAACAGCUAUGGCACAGCCGGCAAGUCACUGCCCACCAUGGUGAUCUUAAAGGACCCUCCAUCGUUCAUCGAUCUCCCAAAGGACGAGUACUUCCAGGAUGUGGGGAGAGAGCUCACUGUCCCCUGCUCGGCAUUAGGGGACCCUUCCCCCAUCAUCCGCUGGACCAAGUUGGGGAUGCCCGGGAAAAGUGUUGCUCAAAUGGACGUCAAUGGCAGUUUGUUAUUUCGACCACUCACCAAGGAGGAACAUGGCGAAUGGGAGUGCACAGCAGCCAAUCAUGUGGCAAGUAUCAGUGCACGCACCGCCGUCUUUGUUUUGGGCACCAGCCCGCACGCGGUCAGCAAUGUUUCGGCCCAGCCACUGGUAUCGGCGGUGAACAUCAGCUGGGAGGCAGGCUUCGAUGGCGGAUACUUCCAGCGGUUCAGCGUUUGGUAUGCUCCGCUGGUAAAGCGGCUGUCACACGGUCACCACGAAUGGAUCUCCCUUUCGGCGCCGGUUGGAGCCAGUUCCUUGGUGGUGGAGAACCUUCAGGCCGACAGCCCCUACCAGUUCAGUGUUUUGUCCCAGAACAAGUUGGGCAGCGGGCCGUUCAGUGAGAUUGUGACCGCCUCUCCUCUCAGUGUCCCACCCACCACAUUGCCUCCUCCUGUACCCACCACAGACUCUAGAGAUACCCUCACCCCUCCUCGCUUCCUGGAAGCCAACGAGACGUCCCGUGGAGUGCUGCUGACGUGGACACCUCCUCUGCGAUCCUUGUAUCCUCUACGUGGAUACGGCCUAGAGUGUCGGCAGGAUGAAGGAGACUGGGAGCUACUUGAUGAUGCCAUACCCACAACGCAGACCGAGCUGCUCGUUCCCGGACUGGUUAAGGACGCCAUGUACGAGUUCCGCCUGGUGGCGUUUGCUGGGGAUUACAUCAGCGAUCCCAGUAACUCUGUCAAUAUCUCCACAGCAGGGAUGAAAGUCUACCCCUCGCAGACAGAGCAUCCGGAGGUCCAGCAGAAGUCCCUGAUGGCGGGUGUAGUUGGGGGUGCCUGUUUCCUUACCCUGGCGGUUAUCCUCAGCACCAUAGUGGCCUGUUGGAUGAACCAGCGCCGGGCCAGACGAAGGCGCAAACGGAGGCAGCAAGAUGCACCAAUGGUCUUCUCCCAACCCAAGAAAGCUUCUCCUUCACAAAAUACUAAUGGUUCUAACAGCCCCGACAGUCUCGUGAGGCUCAAGCUUCAAGUGUCACCAUAUGAAAGCUUCCGCAAGUCCCUGCACUUGGGUGAGAGGACUUUGAAUAACCUCGGUGUGAGCCAUGGAAGCAGCACGAGUGAAUACACCAUUUAUGAGAGUCAUGUUGGAGAGUGCGUCCCUUUGGAGAGGAUAAGCCGCGGACCUGAUGGGCGUUUUGUGGUAGAGACAGACACCCGGUCAAACAGAGGUAGCAUUCGAGGCUUUCCGUACGUGACGGAGACUGAUCUCUAUCCAGAGUUCAAUGCCAGGGACUCAUCGGACCUGAGCCAGUGCUCACAGGCCAAAACAUACUUGCAGGUUUGCCAACUGUCCGAGCGACCUGCAGAAUCCUGGAGGGAUGAAGUGAGGAUGAGACCGAAGGCUACAGGCCAGACUCGUAAGGAAGCAAGAGAAUCUGGCCACCGACAAGGGAGAUAUUUUGGUUGCAGCAGUAGCCCUUUGGAAGAAGCCAAGCCCUUUCGAAUUCCAGAUAUUAGUCCUGUCACCUCUUCUGUGCCUCUUCCAUACAGUCAGGUAGAAGAGGCACGGUGUGGAGAAUCUGCUCAGAUGGAAGGUGAUUUGGAAAGGACUAUUUCUACACUCCGAGAAUCAGAGACUGACUGUUUCUCAUCGUUGAGCACAGUAAUUCGAGCACCUUCUUUACUGUCAAAACCAUUAGGUCUCAGUGACCAUGCAAGCCAACUGAGACACAGCAUGUCCACGCAGAGUGGCAUCCUCCAAUACUUGAGUUUACCCUUCUUUAAAGAGAUGAGCGUGGACGGGGACUGGCCUGUGGAGGAUGAGGCUCAGACCGGAACCUCAGAGGCAAGCUCCUCAGAGGCUGAAAAGAAAGAAUCCACCAAUAAUGUACAUCUGGAUGAUAGGACAUUAAUGGAUGUUGAUGGCACGAGUGGGGUCCGUAAAGAAGACUCUCCGUGUGCUCCCCACCAGUUGCUGUCCCUUGAUUACUUGAGCUGCAAACAAGAGCAAUCUGUGCCUGUGAAGUCCUUUCUGAAACCACCAGAACCGAAUUUAGGGCCUGCAAAAGCAACCUUACCUGGUAGCCUCAUGUGGACUCAAGCACCAGAAAACGUCGCAUUUAAGGUAGGGCAAAGAGCACACUGGGACCAUGGAAAUGCCCACCUGGAUAAUAGAGUUGGCCACCAUAAUCCUUCCCAUUUGGACUGUUCUUUAAAAGAACAGCCACUCUCAGUGUUCACAGACUUCCAUGCUCUGGAAAAACAAAGACCACCAGUAGAUAGAUCCCUCUUUUUGCAUGGCUCUGAAAAGAUCAUGCGGAGCAGUCUGACCAGCCAGAGCAGUGGGAGAGGGAGUGUUUCGUUCCUUAGACCCCCCUCUCUCGCACAGUCUGUGGGGGGAAGCUACCUCAACUCACCAUUAGGUGAAACCUCAAGUUGGUACAGCGGCGGGGGCUCCCAGGGCUCCAGUGCGGAGGACUACAGACACAGAAAGGACUCAUUGUUGGCUACUGUAAGCAACAGGAGGAAUACAUCUGUGGAUGAGAACUACGAAUGGGACUCUGAGUUCACACCUGGAAGUUGA